UGAAAAAUUCAAGAAAACUUUAUCAUACAAGGAACACAUGAUUCUGUGCAGAUUUGCAGAUCAGACAGCUGUUCAGCUCCCACCCCAGAGAAGACUCAUAGGGAAGAAGUGCAUGUGCCUGGUGGAUAUGGACCGCGCAACCGCUGCGGAAGAGCACGGCUACUCUGUUCAAGUGCUAUCUAUGGAGCCAGAGAGCUGCUCUCCCAAAAAUAACAUGAUUGUGGGUGUCCCCGUUUAGAAUGAGGCUCUUGUUCUUGAUGUUUUGCCACUGGCUUCCUGGUGAAAGCCCAGGGGCAUGCAGGGAGUUCUUGGUGUCUUACUGGAAGCAAAGCUGGGCAUCUCAAACCCGCCCAGGGUUACAGGGAAUCUUGGAAAAGGGACUUUGACUGUGUGUGCAGACGCAUGGAUGACUGGCUUCCUAGAGGGAAUCCCUUCCCUGAAGCCUCAGCUGCCAAACAAAUCAUUCUCACUGGCCAAGUUUCCAUCAGCAGAGCCAUUUCCUCACACAUUUUCUUGAUUGUGUCAGUGGGAUAUUCAAACCAAGUUAUGUUCUCAAAGCCUUCAUUUUAUAAUCUUGAGGUAUUCACACAUGGUGAUCAAAAGUAAACUCAAAGGUGGUUGUGGUUUUUAUAGUUUUAAAAAACAAUGUACCUUUUCUAAUAUUUUUAAUCUAGAAUGGUAAAUGUAGUGUGACUUUUUAAUCUGAAUUUGUGUAUCAUGGAAUAUACUUCUUUUAAAUAUAUGUCCCAUAAAUUAUCAAAUGAGA